ACGAACUACCCAAGACUUUGUUUACCUGAUAGAAAUGGCGACAGGGAGGGGAGCUUUGUCUCUUCUGCAGAGUUACAGCUCUGAUAGCGACGGAGACUCCGGCUACACCAGCGAGGACGAGAAGAAGAGGAAGCAGGAGUUCAGCAGCCCUCAUGAACGCAAGAGUAAGAGACGUAGGGCGGACGAUGAGGAGGAGAUGGUGGUGGACACCCCGGGUGUCUGCUCCUCCCGUUCAGGACACCAUAGUCCAGCGGUGUCCUCGGAGACCAUCAUGGGCGAGGAAAAUCAGCAGCGGCCAACUGAUUCCACCAUGGACACUACCUCACACCAAGUACACAGAAAUAUACCUCUUCCAAGUGAACUGUUAUUGGCGAGAGAAGCUCACAUAGACGACCCAAGAGAACAUCAGGGAAGAGUUAGAUCAUUUGCCCAUGAACGGGGUAACUGGGCAUCAAUAUUAUAUGUCCCCUUGCAUCUAGGAAUAUAUGGGCCAAGUUUUGCAUCCUUUAUGGCUUCAUUGGUUGCCACAUGUCAAGAGCAAAAUGUGAUACUUAAUCCCUCAUCUGAUCUUCACAUUUCUUUAACACGAACACUAAUACUUCAUCUUCACUGGAUUCAGCCAUUAACAGAAGAUUUCAGAGCAAGAUUAAGCCAAGUUUCCAAAUUUUCUUUGUGGUUACACGGCUUAAAUGUGUAUGUUAAUGAUGAGCGGACCCGAACGUUCUUAGGGCUGCGAGUGUGCCACGGACGUAAUGAAUUGGAAGAUAUAGUCUCUGAGGUGGACAAGUGUCUGGCAGAAUACAGACUGCCACCUUUCUUUAAGGAUGGUUCUUUUCAUGCAAGUGUUGCUUGGUGUACUGGUGAUGUUUCUGGAGAUCUGCGUCGGUUGCUGCCUCAGCUGGAGAAUGUGUGCAGUCAGUAUUUCUCGGUGGAGACUGACAUGCGUACUUUUGAUGUUAACUCUCUGAAUUUUAAAACUGGUAAUAGAAUUCAUACCAUACACCUUAAACAUGAGAAUUAAUAACGGGUAUUCACUUAUAGAAUCUGGGUAAAUUAAAAUACCUUUAUUAAUAAAUUUGUACAAAUAAUAAAUUAACGUUUCUUAAGACUGUCCAACACGUACAGUAUUCCUAUUUUUUCGGGUGCAGAUAGUCGUGUGUAUUUAUUAAUCUUGAAUUUAAGGACGAAAUGUGAAUUUUCCUCUAAAGUAUAUUAUAUGAUAAAUUAAUCAUAAAUAUUAACUCUAAAUAAACAUGGAUGAUCUACCAAAGAACAAACUGUCAGGGAAUACCUGGAUCUACCUGAAGCAAGUCCGUGGUUUGACUAAGCAACAAUUUAUGCUUCUGGCACGAGAAGGGAAACAGUGUGUAGGAAUUGGUUUGGUAGGGAUGUCCAGGCAAGUUUUUGAUGCAUGUUCAACUCCUCAGGGCCCACUGUAGCCAUAAGUCAGAGGGAGGGGGGGAGGGUGGGGGGAACACUUCCUAUGGACUCUGUUGAAGUUAAAGGAACUACAUACCGUAAGAUGAAACUGCAAUAGAACAUUGCAUUCACUGUUUGAGAGUGAAGACAUUAAUGCAAGUUGCAUUUUGUUUAGAUUAUAGUAAUUUGAAUUACAGUAUUGGCAAAAUUAAAGUGCAGGAAUUAUGUGGUGGCUAGCCUCAUAUGAUAAGCACUAACAUCUGUAGAAUAUAAGAGGUUACAUUUGGAUUAUAUUUUCUACUUGUGAGGAGUACUGUAUAUACUAAUUCCUCGACAGUACUGUUGCUGCUCUUAACCUGGUGAAAAAUUUGACCUCUACCCCUUCAUUAUCUUAAAUCUACUAAGUGGACAUAUAUUAUGCGGUAAAGUUAAGGAUUCAAAACAUGAGACUACUACUGUACAGUACUUGCAAGAGGUGUUGGUGCUUCAGGUUUUAGCACUGAAUAUGAGAAUCAUAGGAGUCAGAUAAGCGGAAUUGUUUGUUUCUGGCAAGACCUCUGUAGUUUGGCCUUUGUUGCGAGACAUAUUUGCUUGGUUCAGAAAGUAUAAAUUGUCAUAUAUUUGGUGCCGAGGUCCUAUCAGUAUAUUCACUGGAGUAUUUUCUUAAGUAUUGUUGCUCUGCUUCUGAUGAGAUGAUGAAAGGCUGGGUGUCAUAGAGCACUUAACACUAGUAUUGAUUUAAAGAGUGACAUAUAUAUCUCUUAAUUUGAUCUGCUAGUCACAUAAUGGGUUUAUAAGUACUGUAUAUAAUGAGCAUUAGAAACUUGAGUUUUGUUGUCAGGCAUAUGACCCACCGGAUUUUAAAACUUUUUGCAUUAAGUGCGCAUUAUUCCUUGCAAGUUGAGUGCUGAUUAAUGAUAAUUUGCACUUAUGUGUGAAUGUAAUGGAGAUUACUGAAACUCUUGUGGUGUCCAGGCUGAGGCCGAAUAAUACAGUUUGACUGCUUUUCCUAUAAUUUUCAACUUCUGUAUAAAAAGAAAGUUGACUUUUGGAAGUUUGUUACUAGUUAAUAUUUUUUACCCAUUUUGCCAUAGUAACAACACUGUUAGAAUGAUUUUUUUUUUUAUGACUAGCCAUUUCACACUACCUGGUACACAUUUAAAAAUAUGAACAUUGCAGGUAUUGGCAGUAUAGUGUGUGUGUGUGUGUGUGUGUGUGUAUACUUUGUGUGUACUGUGUAUAUAAAAUCCUGUUCCCACUAUCACCAUGUGGCUCCUCAGGGUAUGCAUAUCUGGUGGAUGGGGUUGAAACGAUGUUGCCUCCCAAAGCAGCAAGGCGGUUACAUACAGACAUACAUACAUAAAUACAUGUAAUUUUUUGGUUAAUAAAUAACUAAUGUGCACACACACACACACAUACACACAAACAUCCUUUAUACAUUACAGUAUAUUCAAUUUUUUUAUUUUUUCGAAGAGAGAUUUACCUGUCAGAAAAUUUAACCCUUAAACAGUGGUUAUCAUCAUGUGUUGAUUCAUGGGAUAAUGUGGUUAUUGUCAUAUGACGAUUUAAACAAUUAUUGUCUGGUUUUUACAUGUAUGAUGUAAAUAAGGAUAUAAUAGCUCUCAGUGGAUG